AUGGAUUCCCUGGCAGACAGGAACCACACUGCAGUGACAAGGUUCAUAUUAUUGGGCUUAACAGAUGACCCAACCCUUCAGGUCAUCCUCUUUGUGAUCAUCCUGUGCAUCUACCUGGUGACCAUAUUUGGCAAUCUCAGCACAAUCAUUCUGAUCAGAAUCUCCUCUCAGCUCCAUCAUCCCAUGUACUUUUUUCUGAGUCACUUGGCUUUUGCUGACACAGGUUAUUCAUCUUGUGUUACACCCAAUAUGCUUGUAAACUUCUUCAUGGAACUAAAUACAAUCUCUUACCUGGGGUGUGCCAUCCAACUUAGUUCAGUUGUCUUUUUUGGGUCAACUGAAUGCUUCCUUCUGGCUGUCAUGGCAUAUGAUCGCUUUGUGGCCAUCUGCAACCCACUGCUUUAUUCAGCCAAAAUGUCCACACAAGUCUGUGCACAGUUACUCCUGGUGGCUUACACAGCUAGUUUUCUCAAUACUUUCUCCCAAACUGUUUGUUUCCAUUCUUUAUUUUUCUGUGGACCAAAUCAAGUCAAUCAUUUUUUCUGUGAUUACGCUCCUUUAGUUGAACUCUCCUGUUCUGAUACAAGUAUUCCUGUGGUUGUUUCCUCAUUUUCUGCUGGCUCUAUUGUUAUGGUCACAGUGAUUGUCAUAGCUGUCUCCUACAUCUACAUCCUCAUCACCAUCCUGAAGAUGAACUCCACAGAGGGGCGCCACAAAGCUUUCUCCACUUGCACAUCCCACCUCACUGUAGUUACUCUCUUCUAUGGGACUGUUACAUUCAUUUACGUGAUGCCCAAGUCCAGCUCCUCAGCUGACCAGAACAAGUUACCAACAGUUUUCCUCUGUCAAAAUAUGUUAAAAAUGGAGUAGCUUUUAUCAAAACUACACUCCUGUCAAUAAUAUAUAUGCAUGUACACCUGGUGAGAUUAAACCCCAAAACUACCUAAAGGCUUUAGAAAGUGACCAAAGCAGAUGGGCCAGGAGGUGUCAAGAUCUUGGAAGAACAGAUUAAGACGAACUCAAGAUCUUCUGUCACAUAUUGUCAUCCAAGGACAGCUACAAGAUAGUUGAGAAGAGUUGCAUUGGGGUAUGGAGCUGAGGGCUGCUUCCAAUCAACAUGAUGACACUGACAUUGUCCACUAUGGUAACAACAUAGCCUCUUAGAAGAAGUGCAAGGAAAGUGGAACCAAGUGUAGGAUUCCAUUAACUGCAAUAUAAUGAACUCUUACCAUUGUGUGGCUUUUAGCUGCUAACUUUUUUGGAAUGGUCCUAUUGAAAGAAAAAAACAGUGGCCAUCAGUAAAUAAAAGAAUGUCAUAAUUGAUAUAUUACUUCAACAUUAGGCUUAUUAAAAAUCAAAACAGAGCCAGCACAUGGUGUGGAUGUUAAGGCAAUGGAUCCUACAUGGCUGACCAUGCAGUUGGCUAGAAGUUAAUUUAUUGUAUUACACUCGUAAUAAGUAUCUAAUGAAUGUGCACCAAUACCUACAUAAAAAGAAAAAUGUUGAUCACUUGAGAAUUGACAGAAUUCUUGAAGAUGAGCUGUGUUUAUAUGAAGAGAACUGAUCAGUAUUCACUUGAGUGUAUAAUAAUGAGCCCGGGUGCUUUUGAAUUCACCUUUGAAUCUAUGUCUUCAGAGAUUUAUCCCCAAAGGCAUAAUAAAAGAUAAUAAAAGAUAGCAUGGCUGCUAUAUAACAAGACUUUAGAUUUAUUACUGACAUUUGAAUGAAUUCUUAUGUAAAAAGUCAACCAGACACUCUGGGCAAAGACAAGGAUAUAAAGGCAGAAAAUUUGGAGAUGGGGUUCAGUGUGGCCACUCUGG